AGAGAGAGAGGGGAGAGGCAGAGAGAGAACAGAGGAGAGACAGAGAGGACAGGGGAGAGGCAGAGAGAGGACAGAGGAGAGACAGAGAGAGGACAGAGGAGAGACAGAGAGAGGACAGAGGAGAGACACUGUGAUGGACGGACUGAGUGAGGAUGACCUGGUCUGGCUGCAGCUGGACGACUUCAGGAUGUUACUCAUCAAAACCAUCGACCCCUCCAGGAUCACCCCCUACCUCCGUCAGUGCCAGGUGAUCAGUGCUGAGGACGAGGAGCAGCUCUUCAAUGACCCCACACUCGUCAUCAGGAGGAGGAAAGUCGGAGCCCUGCUGGACAUCCUGCAGAGGACGGGGGUCAAAGGUCACACAGCUUUCCUGGAGAGUCUGGAGCUGGAUUACCCUCAGCUGUACAGCCGCAUCACUGGGAAGGAGCCCAACAAGAAGUUCAGCAUCCUUAUAGAUACUGGGGGAGAAUCUGCUCUGACUCAGUUCCUGAUGUCGGAGGUCAGCCGCCUCCAGAGGGCGCUGCAGGAUGAGAGGAAACGACGCCAGCGAGCACGCUCCGUUGCCAAGGAGCAGGAGGCGUGGUCUCGUCAGCAGCAGCUGAGGGACCGUGAGCUGAGGAAGGUCACUGAGCGCGUGCAGAAGAUGCGAGAGGAGAGGGAGCAUCUGAGUGAAGAGGUGAAGCAGCUCAGAGACCACAACUACAGCCUGAUGGCCGACAUCAACACCCUGAACCAGGACAAGAGCAACGCCCUGCUGGCCAACAGAGACCUGCAGAUAGAGGUGGAACGUCUGAAGAACACGGUGCUGAGAGCUGAAAACCAGACGCAGCUGCUGAGACGACGGACCCUGAGACCCCUACAUGAGAGACCCUGCAGCGAUCAUGGACCAUGUGACUGGAACCCAACCAGUCAGAAAGAGACCUCCAAACCCAACAACCAGGAGAACCAGGGGAUCCAGGAGAACCAGGGGAACCAGGGGAACCAAGAGAACCAGGGGAACCAGGGGAACCAGGGGAACCAGGGGAACCAAGAGAACCAGGGGAACCAGGGGAAGCUGAAGCAGCAGGAGAGUCGACCUCCUCCUCAGAUGAACCUACUCUCUACAGUGUUCAGACUGAGGAGGGAACUCCACAGAGCAGAGGAGCAGAGAACCAAGAUUCUGGAAGAGAAGGAGGAGCUGGAGCUCCGCUGUGCUCAGCUGAAGGGAGACGCAAAGAUGUACCGACAACGAAACAAACAAACCCUCAGACAGCUGGAGGAGGUGAUCAGGGAGAGAGACAAGGCCUUGUCGUCGCAGGCGGAGCACCAGGAGGAGGCGCGGCUACUCCUGCAGGAGAAGGAUCAGUAUAGGGAGCAGGUCAGACAGCUCACAGAGCAAUCUGACAGACUGGAGCUCCGCCUCCUCAGGGCUCAGGGGGAGGAGCUACAGCUGAGGACACGCCUCCACAGAGUCACCUGUAACUCUCAGCAGUGUGAGAGGAGCGUCAGUAGCGAGGAGGAGGAGGAGGAGGAGGAGGAGGAGCCUGAGGCCACGGACAGCGCCACCAAAGGUCAGCAUCAGAUGGAGCCACGUCUCCGCGUCAUGGGUCAUGUGACAUGUGUCUCCAUGGUUACAGGCAGCAGCGAGGCGUCGGGGGAGGUGGAGGACUCCCAGCAGCAGCUCAGUCGUCCUGAUGGUGGCGCUCAAGAGUCUGAGCAGAAGCUGAGCAGCGCUGCGUCGUGGCUGGAGCAGAGCGACGGACGCCUCUCCUCUAUUGGUCGCUCCAACUUCCUGUACCGCAGGAAGCGAGCAGUCAGGUCAAAGUUCAUCGGCACCGAGUUCACAGCCUGUAACCAUGACGACAGCAGUGGCAGCUACAUCACGGACUCCGACUGAGGGGGCAGGGCCAGGGCCAGGAUGGGGGCGUGGCCUCACACAGCUCCACCUUCAGAUGUCUUCAAACUGUUAAUUAAAAGAUAAAAAGUGAUUAUGACAUGAAAAAUAAAACUUUUACUCCACAGAACACACAUGAUUCA